AUGGAUAUGGGUUCAAUGGAUAUGGGCUCAAUGGAUAUGGGCUCUAUGGACAUGAGCUCUAUGAGUUCCAUGACCUCUAUGAUAAUGUCUACAAUGAGGACUGCGAUGAGUAUGUCAAGUUCUUCGCAAAUGCAGAUGACUAUGCCAAUGUCUAGUAGUAGUACAACCAGUAUGACAAUGAGUAUGCCCAUGAGUAUGAGUUCAAGCAGUAUGAAUAUGGGCACACAUAGUAUGGAUAUGGGCUCAAGUAUGAAUAUGCCUAUGCCCAUGUCAAUGUCCAUGUCAAUGCCAAUGGGAUCUUCCAUGAAUAUGUCUGGGUCUGGCCAUGGGAUGAUGAUGGGAAUGGAUAUGGAAAUGAACACAUAUUUAACACCAAGAUUCCGUCAUUACCCAGUGUUAUUCCAGCACUUGUCUGCUGAUACUAGCGGUAAAGCUUUUGGUAUUUGGUUAUUAAUUGUCGUCACUGCAUUUGUUUAUAAAUUAUUAUUAUUCACAAGUUGGUAUCUGGAAAUAUAUUGGUUUAAAAAAUGGAAUAAAAAAAAUGAUGAAAGAAAAAAUUUCGUAUUAAAUAAUGAUACUGAAAAUAAUUAUUUGAAUUUAAAUAAUAUCCCAGAUUCUCCACCAAAUUUGUUCAUUGAUAUUUUUAAACCUUCCUUUAGAACUUCGACUCAAGAUUUCAUUAGGUGUAUACUUGGAUUUGCUGCUACAAUGUUGAUUUAUAUGUUAAUGUUAGUCGCAAUGACUUUUGUCUUAACUUACGUGUUUGCUGUGAUUACUGGUCUUUCAUUAUCAGAAGUAUUUUUCAAUAAAGUUAAAAUGGCUCUUUUAAAGAGAUGGGAAAUUAUGAAAUGGAUUGAAAGGAAAAAACUUUGCACAGGCCAUGAUAAUUGUCCUUGUUGUAAAGAUGAACUACCUGAAAAUCAAUCUCCAAAUUCAAAUGUUCCUAAAGAUGAAGAAGAUACUUUGAAUCCAACUCAAUCUAAUUCUUCUACUACUUCAAAUGCUACUGAUGAAACACCAACAGAUGAUUCUGAUCAAGUAAUAAGAAAUAAUGAGAAAAAUCCAGAUGGCGUUGCUACAGGAGGAUCAUUGCAUGAUAGAACAGAUUCAAAUUGCGCUUGUGGUUGCCGUAAUCCAUGUUUAGACCAAUCAGAUGAAAACAUGGGCGAAAUAAUGCAAGAACAAUUCAAUGUUCAAGGCGAAGGUAAUAUGGACACCACUUUAUUGCCAACGUCGAAUUUCCGAACUGUCCCAUGA